AUGGAAAAGAAUGAAAAAGAUUGCGAGAUGGCUAAGAUUGUAGUAGAAGAAAAAAGUGAGGAGCAGGAUCAACUCUCAGAAGGAGAAGAAACAACUGAGAUAAGUAAUACUGUGUUAAGUGGAGAUGAUCCCACUUAUAUGAACGACAUAAUAUCUAGCUCAGAUUUGACAUCGGAUGACUCCUACCAUACAUUAUGUGGAGAAGAAAGUGAUUUGAGUCCAGGAAAAGAACCCAUAACUACGAAGCGUGUCAGAAAACCAGUUGAGAGGUAUGGCAUAUCUAACCUCUGUGUUGUGGACGAGUUAGGGUCUCGCGAUGAAGAUAUCACUUACGAGGAGGCGACAACAGGUCCUGAGAGUGAAAUGUGGAAACAGGCAAUGAAGGAAGAGUUACAAGCCUUCGAAGAAAACCAAGCCUGGGAAAUAGUGUCAGACAAGGAAGCUGAUAGAGUGAUUAAAGUGCAAGUGGUAGACGGGGUGAGGCACCUGAGGAAACUACCGAAGGAUCUACCGCAGGCCAUAGUAGACAUAGCGCUAGGGCUGCCGACACACUCGCUCAGCAUUGUUCGAGGAAACACGUCCGGGAUAAAGCCCGAAGAUACGUUCAAACUAAUGUGCUUGUUGAGUGAGAAGUAUGUGCAGGUUGUCAACUUUGAACUUUCCACGGUGGAUAAUAAGGACAUUUAUUUCAGCUAUUUGAAACGGGGGUUGGAUGACUCACACGAAAGAACAAGCUUCAUAUUCUGCACUCCGGAGGAGUGCGAGGAAAUUCUAGAAGAGAUAACAUCCAACAACUUUAUCCACCGUUCAAUGCUGUACACAUUCAUGUGGCUUCACGGAGAAGUCACCAAGACAUUCACCUCUAUCAUCAAAGAGGCUAUGCGGGUUGCCGUCAUCACUAAUCCUCGGAAUAGCGUGUUCCGUAUAUACUACAACCAGGCGUCCCCACGGCUCACGCCCGCGCUGUCGCUAGUCAACUGGUGGUCAGGCAGCCUGUACAAGUCUCCCGUGCUGCCGCCUGCUGGAAAAGUGUAUAGAGACUUCCAAGGCAGAGUUUUCCAGGUGCCUGUGUUACAUUCACCCCCAUGGCACUUUGUGCAGUACACCAACAGCUCCACAGGAGUGAACGUUACUGGCGGCAGAGAUCACAAGCUGCUGUCGCUCAUGGCCAACAAACUCAACUUCAGAUACAAGUAUUUUGACCCUCCUGACAGAAGUCAAGGGUCUAGUAUAUCUGGCAACGGGACCUUUAAAGGAGUACUCGGCCUCAUUUGGAAACGUAAGGCAGACUUCUUCUUGGGUGACGUGACGGUGACGUGGGAGAGGCUGCAGGCGGUGGAGUUCUCGUUCCUCACGCUGGCCGACUCCGGAGCCUUCCUCACGCACGCGCCAGACAAGCUCAGCGAGACUAUAGCUGUUAUACGACCGUUUCGAUGGGAGGUUUGGCCAUUCCUCUGCUUCACCCUACUGGUUAGCGGACCGGCACUGUGGCUGGUGAUUGCUGCACCGUCGCUCUGGCGCGGUCAGGGGAACCAGCUGCGACUCCUCAACAACUGCUGCUGGUUCACCACCACGCUGUUCUUGAGGCAGUCGUCCAGUAAAGAACCCUCAAGCACCUUCAAGGCCCGUCUAGUAACCGUCCUCAUCUCGCUCGGCGCGACCUACGUCAUAGGCGAUAUGUACUCCGCAAACCUCACCAGUCUCCUCGCGAAACCAGCGAAGGAGAAGCCGAUAGGCACCCUGCAAGCCCUGGAGGAAGCUAUGAGAGACAGUGGCUAUGAGCUGGUCGUGGAGAGAUAUAGCUCGUCGUUGUCGAUACUACAGAACGGGACAGGUGUAUACGGUCGUCUCGCUCGGCUCAUGCGCCGACAGCGGGUGCAGCGCGUGCGCAGCGUAGAAGUCGGUGUGCGGAUGGUGCUGUCGAAGCGUCGCGUCGCCAUCUUGGGUGGGAGAGAGACUCUGUAUUAUGACACGGAGAGAUUUGGGUCUCACAACUUUCAUUUGAGUGAGAAACUCUACACGCGGUAUUCGGCCAUCGCCCUGCAGAUCGGCUGUCCCUAUCUCGAGACCUUUAAUAACGUGGUUAUGGCACUUUUUGAGGCUGGCAUCCUGAUCAAGAUGACAACAGACGAGUACAAGAAUCUUCCGGAACACUCUCGCAAAUCGGAUCCGGUCACGGAGAGCGACAGCCACGAAAGCAGCGACGUCGCCGAGAGCACGCCUAGCUCACCGACUCAAACUGAAUCAUCCAAAGGACUCCAACCGAUCACACUGACGAUGCUGCGAGGUGCAUUCUGUAUUAUUGGCAUAGGAUACCUUUUAGCAGCGCUGGUGCUCGCCAUCGAAAUAAAAGUUCACCGAAGCAAAAAAACUAAAACCAAGAAAGAAUCGAAAGAGAAGUAUAAUUUUAAAAUAAUGAAGAUGCACAUUCUGAGACAAUACCGCCGGGCGAAAGUUCAUCUGUACAGGGUUAUAGACCAGGCGCUGAGGAGCGAAGAGUAG